CAGACAGACUGAAGAAAUGUGAGAACUGAGCUUUAAGGAGAAUCUGUCCGGAUGGUUUUAAACUCAGCAGGCUUCACUUUCGUUUAGAUAUAAAUGAGGUCUGAUGGAUCCAGUGUGCGGUGAGCCCUCCAACGGGCUGACCCUGCAACAAGCCCUAAAAAGAUCCAGGAAUUAGCCGCAUCCUGCGCGUUCAUAACCCACGGGAACAUCUGGAAAUAUGGGAACGUGUCCUCGCGCCUGCUGCUGUGGAUUUUAGGCCGAGUAGAGGAGGAGAUUUGACGCGUGCAGCUCCGGUAGGAUGCUAUAGAGAGUAAGCGCAGCCGGACUCACGGGGAGACAGUGAAGAGGGACGAGGAAGAUGAAGGAGAAAUCUAAAAACGCGGCCCGGACUCGGAGGGAGAAAGAAAACAGUGAAUUUUAUGAACUGGCCAAACUGCUGCCACUGCCCUCCGCCAUCACCUCCCAGCUGGACAAAGCGUCCAUCAUCAGACUGACCACCAGCUACCUGAAGAUGAGGAUCGUUUUCCCUGAAGGUGAGGGGCCCUCUGAAAAAUGGAUUAAUGUCAUACGAACGCAGCUCAUCGAUGGGGUCACUCAGGAGCUGGGCUCUCAUCUCUUACAGACGUUAGACGGCUUCAUCUUCGUGGUCGCUCCAGACGGUAUCAUGUACAUAUCAGAAACAGCAUCAGUCCACCUGGGCCUCUCGCAGGUAGAGCUCACAGGAAACAGCAUCUACGAAUACAUCCACCCGGCCGACCACGACGAAAUGACGGCCGUCCUCACCGCACACCAGCCUUACCACUCACACUUUGUCCACGAGUACGAGAUGGAGCGCUCCUUCUUUCUGAGGAUGAAAUGUGUCCUCGCUAAAAGAAACGCCGGUCUGACCUGUGGAGGUUACAAGGUCAUCCACUGCAGCGGCUCUAAGAUCCGUCAGUACAGCCUGGACAUGUCUCCGUUCGACGGCUGCUAUCAGAACGUCGGGCUCGUGGCAGUAGGUCACUCGCUGCCACCGAGCGCCGUCACGGAGAUCAAACUGCACAGCAACAUGUUCAUGUUCAGGGCCAGCCUGGACAUGAAGCUCAUCUUCCUCGACUCACGGGUUGCAGAGCUGACGGGAUACGAACCUCAGGAUCUGAUCGAGAAGACUCUGUAUCAUCACGUCCACAGCUGCGACUCCUUCCACCUGCGCUGUGCUCAUCACUUGUUGCUGGUCAAAGGUCAGGUCACCACCAAGUACUACCGCUUCUUAGCCAAGCAGGGCGGCUGGGUCUGGGUUCAGAGUUAUGCAACUAUCGUCCACAACAGCCGCUCAUCCAGACCUCACUGCAUCGUCAGCGUCAACUAUGUGCUCACGGAGACGGAGUACAAAGGCCUGCAGCUCUCUCUGGACCAGGCGGCGUCCAAGACCUCUUUCCCCUACAGCAGCAGCACCUCUGGCAGCCUCGCAGACGCCUGCAGGACGCCCAAGAGCAGAAUGUCCCGGCCCAAGACCAAAGCCCGACUCUCGCCGUACACACAGUAUCCCAGUUUCCAGACCGAGCGGUCAGAGUCGGACCAGGACAGUCCGUGGGGAAGCAGCCCCCUCACAGACUCCGCCUCCCCUCAGCUGCUGGAGCACAGCGAAGGACCGGAUGCCUCCUGCGUGUACAGACAGCUCUCUGAUCCUCGGACGCUCUGCUACAGCCUCUCUGAAGAGCAGCAUCACUCCGCCGGGGACGGCUACACACACCUCCACGCUCACGGUCAGGGUCAGAGCUGCGAGCGGGGUCGCUGUGAGGCGGGGCGGUACUUUCUGGGAGCUCCUUCGACCGGCAGGGAUGCAUGGUGGGGCACGGCGCGGUCCAUCAUCCCGCUGAGCAAGAGCUCGCUGGAGAACCAGGAGGGAUACGACAGCAGCAUGCCGCACAUCACGGCCAUCCACAGCUACCACGGCCGGGGCCACUGGGACGAGGACAGCGUGGUCAGCUCUCCAGACGGAGGCUCGGCCAGCGACUCAGGGGAUCGAUACCAGGCCGAGCACUACCGCUGUAGCCCCCAGCAACCCAGCAAGAUUGAGACGCUGAUCCGAGCCACGCAGCAGAUGAUCAAAGAGGAAGAGAGUCGACUUCAUUUACGUAAGAACCUCCUGGACUCUCCUUUAGGGCCAGCUAAUGGACUGCCAAAGGGCCCUGGACCAUGCUUAACCCCGGAGUACACACAAGGGCCCCUGCAGACCGUGUUGUGUCGAGGUUUGAGUCAGGUCAUCAGCCCCGCACAGAGCCCGAUCCCUGUUUCCAGGCUCAGCAGUCCAGGAUCUGAGCGCCUCAACAAGCCCAAAGACUACCUCCAAACAGACCUGUCCCCUCUCUCUCUGCCGUUACACCACCCGUUUGGUCGGCCAGGCCAGUGCUCAGCUUCCCCCACCCCAGCACCAGCCCUGUACCCUUCACACACCCACUCACGGCCCUACUUGGACAAGCACGCAGGCUACUCACUGUCAGGUUACACUCUGGAGCAGCUCUACGACCCGGAGAACCUGCGGGGCUGCUGCUCCUCCGCCAGCACAGGCCCCUCCCACUACGAUAUGACCCCUCACCUCCGCAUGCCGGCAGAGCAGACCUCCGGACACAAAGGCACCUCUGUCAUUAUCACCAAUGGCAGCUAACACUCAUCACACACACACACAAACACACACACACACACACACACACACACACCCACACACAUACACAUAAACAUAGUGGGACUGUUUCACACCGCUGAGCUGGUUGGCUCCAUAAAACACGAGGCCGUCAUCAGGAGGGAUCCUGUCAGCCUGAUUCUCAUCCUGCAGAUCAAUUCUGAUCCACAACUUGUUCUUUAGGACGGCAAACUAUCAUCCAGGUGUUGCUCAAACUUCAGUUUGUUUUAAGUUCGACAUAUUUUUGGGGUCUGAAGGUUUAACAGAAAGACUCCUUUGAUGAAAACAGUAGCUUUAACCUGGUAGAAAACCCACCUCUACGAGCAGUCAGAUAGUUUGUGUCUCCGGGGUUAUUCUUUGUUAUUUUGGAACACAAUCACAAACAAGCUAACCAAUGAAGUCAGCGGCAGACUAACAACAAAACAAAGAUACUCUAUGAAACA